GCCGCAGCCUGGGAUCCCUCAGGGAUCCCCCCGGAGCCGCCGCUUCCCCCAUGGACUUGCCCGGGGACUCCAGCGCGUCUGGCUCACGGCAUCUGUGUCGCCAGCCACUGGCCCGAGCAUUAUGGGCUGCCGGGAGCGCCAAACGGCCGAGGCUGCAGCCUCUGGGGGCUCCUUCGCCCCUGGAAAAGGCCUCUCGACGGGUCCUGGCCGUGGUGCUGGAAGAUGUCAUGGCUGCCCACAUGGUCCCUCUGGUGCCCCAAAGGGAAGCCGUCAACCCACGGCACCACAGCAACCACUGGGCCUCCGUCCCCAGGCAGACGCCUCCUGCCUCGCUGUCUCCACAGCCUGCGUGGGCCUCACCGGCCAGAUCUCCCAACCCUCUGCACUUGUGCCGAGAGCCCUUAACCCGCAGCCACCGGCCGCCUCCAAGCCUGAGGCGGCGACAGAGGACGAGCCCUGGCCCAGAGGAGGGCUCUCCACCAAAGGCAAACAGGGGGGCCCAGCCCACCCUGGUGGUGAUGCUGGAGGACAUUGCUGGCUCUAGACCGCCAACUGAGGUGCCCAAGCUUCAGGGCUUUGAUCCUGAGACCUCCAACUUCACCCCGGCCCAAAGGGAUGAGCCCAUGCCAAUGGCUCCCCAGCCAACCCCUUUGCCCAAGGACCUGGAGCCCUCCUUCCAGCCAUCUGCCCUGCCUGUUGGUUGUUCAGAGAGCCCCUCAGCCGUCCCAGAUCCUGACCUGGAGUCCUCAGUCCCAGAUCCUGACCUGGAGUCCUCAGUCUCAGAUCCUGACCUGGAGUCCUCAGGCCCAGAUCCUGACCUGGAGUCCACCUCAGCCCCACCAAUGUCCACUCUCUUACGUCCUCGCCUCAGCCCUUGGGGCUUAGCCCCACUCUUCCGUUCCGUCCGUUCCAAGCUGGAGAGUUUUGCUGACAUCUUCCUGACACCCAACAAAGUCCCUCGGCCCCCACCCCCGGCACCUCCCAUGAAGCUGGAAUUGAAGAUUGCCAUCUCAGAAGCUGAGCAGUCUGGGGCGCCCGACACCACUACCUGUGUCAGUCCACGGCCCCCUAUUCACCAGUGGCGGGGCCAGGACCACAGUCCCCCAGCACUGCUCCCUAAGUCCUCUCUGGGCCGAAGUCACUCCUGCCCUGAUCUAGGGCCCCCAGUCCCAGGUGCCUGCCCCUGGCUCCCCGUUACACCCCAUCUCAGUCGGCCGAGGCCCCGACGGCACACUGUGGGUGGUGGCGAGAUGGCCCACGCCGCACUGCUGCCGCCGCCUCCUCGACCCUGUCUUCGGAAAGAAGUGUUUCCUCUUGGAGGGAUGGGCACCUCCCCACCCCUCACUGCAUCUUGCUCAUCCACCACGUCCGCAUCUUCCUUCUCAGAGCCAGCAGAUGCCAGGUUGGGCUCACCUCAAAGGAAGGAGCCAAGGGCCUCAAAGGACCAGGUUCAUUCAGACCCCAAGACCAAGACCAUGGGGAAGGUGUCUCGAUUCAGAAUACGCAGGACGCCAGCCAGGCCACAGCCCAACCUGACACCCAUGGGGCUGCCUCGACCAGUCAGGUUGAACAAGACGGAAUUCAGUUUGGAAGAAAUUUACACCAACAAGAAUUACCAGUCUCCCACCACCAGGAGGACCUUUGAAACCAUCUUUGAGGAACCCCGGGAACGCAACGGAACUCUGAUCUUCACCAGCUCUAGGAAGCUCCGGCGGGCCGUCGUGUUUCGGGACAGCAGCCUUCCUCGUUCCCGGCGGCCCUACCGAGGGGUCCGUGCUGCAGCUGGCAGGACCCUUUCUCCCAGCCCGGCCCCUAGCCAAGAUGUGGGACCUCUGCUGCAGCAGCGGCUGGAGGAGCUGGAUGCCUUGCUCCUGGAAGAAGAGGAGGAGGAGCCCAUGGAUGGGGACCAGCCCCACUGGACCUAGGAACUCCAUGUUUGCCCGUCUGUCCAUCCGUCCUGGCGUGGGGAAGCCACCUGAGGGAGUCAUGAUUAUUUUUCUUUAUAUUUCUAGUAAAGUUUUCGCUAUGUUUGA